AAUUAUUGCUUGUCAUUUAUCGUAAUAAUUACGAUUGCUUCAAUGUGUUCGGUAAUCAGAUGCUUCCUGCAUCGCCAUAUUUUUGCAAGGAGGAUUCCAAAUUGUUAAUUUUUUUUCGUAACCUUUAAAUAUUUUAUUUGUUUUUUUUUAUAAGCAAGAUAUAAUAUUAAUAAUCCAAAAUAUUUUAGAAAUAAAUCAUUUAGUAUAAUUUUAUUAAAAUUAUUGAAAGACAUUUUUUAAUAUGUUUUUGAAAUUAAUAAUAUAGUGAACGUUAUUUUUUGACAAUGCUAUAAAGAUCGCUUAACACAAACUUCCAUAAUUAUAUGAAAUUUAAACAGUUACAUGAAACAUUAUUUAUUGCGUAUAAUAUAUAUAAUUAAAAUUUGUUAUGAUUUUUGUUGCUUAUUUACAUUUUAAAGUAUAUCAAACGAUGUUUUGUAAUAAAGCAAUGCUCUGAUUGUUAUUUAAAUAUUAAAAUCGUAACACGCGUAAACGAAAACAAUGAAGGUGGUGCCAACGAAAAAGCGACGGUCGAUAAAAACCGACGGGUAAUGUCAAAUUGCACGAUGUGAAAAUUGACAAGUAACCCAGGCCUAUGCCUAGUUUCUAUAUACCUUCUCGUGGAUAUUUUGACUUUCGCUAUGAGUGAUGGUACUUUCUCAGAAAAUCUGUCGGAAAGUAAUGUUUCUAUGGCAAAUGAUGCGGAAGAAUUAAACUCGCAGGGUUCCGUUGAUAAGCGUGUUAAGGGUACGAAUCUACCCACCGCGAGUAACAUAACCAAGAAGAUCAGAUCGAAGCUACCGAAUGUCGGUUAUUACCUGAGACGUUUGAUGAGAUUGAAGAGCGGAGGGAAUCUCGAAUCCGAAAAAGAACCGAUCAGUAAUAUUUCUGAAAUGACCGAAAUCACGGAAAGCAUCAAUGAACAGACUAUACCGGAAGAUGAGGAUUCGAUCAAUUGGUCGGAGAACCAUGCUGUUAAAACGAAUAGACACGAGAUUUAUGGUGGACCUUCGAACGAUUUCAGGGGACAUGAUCCUGGAGGACCUUCGUCUUCCAGCUCGAACGAAAACGACAACACAAGCGAAUAUCCCGCCAUGAUUGCGACUGCUGAAAUCGAACCUGUUCAAACGAUUUCAAACUCCGUGACCACCGAAGCGAUGACCACGAAUGGGAUUUUCGUGAAUGUGUUGAACCGCGAAAAUAUCCCUGGGGGGAAUAUAUUGGAGUUCAGAGAAGCUUUGUCCUCGCACAUGGGAUCCCAAGUGGAAGAAAUUAGAGACCAAGAGACUCGAAAUGUCCCGUUGUUCUAUAUUCAAACCGACGAUCGCCAAGAGCUUUAUCUGCAGAAUACAAUAAACGUUGAAAGUGGAUUUAGUGGAUCGAAUACGAGGAGUGAAGUUAGCAGCAUAUCUGAAAAUGAAAACUCGGACGUGCGUAAUCAAAGAAUAGGACAGGAUCGUGCACCACAAUUUUUUGGCGCCAUAAUGAGCGUAGACAAAAUGAUACGCAAGCCGAUUUGCCGCAACGACGAUGAACCGACUAUAUAUUGACUUUCAUUUUUCCAAUAUCAAGAAUUAACGGAACCCUGCGCUUCAUACACGUAAAUAAAGAGAACAUUUUUUAAGAAAAAGAGAAAAAAAGUGUUUUUAUUAUUCGACGAGUAUAUUUUUUUUAACUUAGAAACGACGAUUUUUAUCGAAACAAAAGUGUGUCGCAAUUGGAACAGUAAGUUAACUCUUUUCGUUCAAAAAGUAUUCCCAAGACAAUCAAGAAGAACAGUUUUUAAAUUUUCGUCUUGAUUAAUAUAUUAAUAAAUGCCAUGAGAUCGAACGUGUAUACUUUUAUGAUAUAAUUUUUCUGUUUAAAAGAAUUCGCAGAUUAUUUUCCGCGUGAAUCUUUCCUGUUUAUUGUUUCCCGUGUUAGUUUCAUAAAUUAUUUCCGCCGGUGAGGCAUAAAAACUUGCGCGUAACUUACAUACGAACGCAGACAUAAAUUCUCUACGGUAAUUAUAUUCCCUGUAAUGAACUUUUUACAAAGUUGAAGCUACGAUGCGAUAGUAAAUAUUAAACUUCUUUUUUUCUUUUUUUUUUGCGCGCGUAUGUGAUUCGUGAGAAUCGAUAAUGCUCGAAACGUCUAUUAUUCCUUUUACGAACUUCAAUUUUUUCUUUUUUCUUUGCGAAAUCUAUCUUUUUCGUUUCAUAAUCUUCGUUUCAGUUCUUUUAGUUGACAAAAUACGAGUUCUCUCGUUUCCGAGAAAAAAGAACUAUAUAAUUAUCGAGCAUGUCAACAGAAGAGAAUUUUUCACAAAAGAAUGAGAAUUCGAUAAGAGUUUCUUGUUGCAAAAUAAAUUUAAUGCAUUCUCUCCCUAGAAAUGUAUCUUUUGCGAACGAUCUAAGGAAUUUUUCAUCAUAGGAACAGAAAAACACGCGACCGUGUCUUAAUUCGGGGAGUAUAUUAACGAAUAAUUCAUACUUUUUUGUUCUGUGAAACACGUAUAAUUUCGUAGUUAGUACUAAUUGAAUCUUCGUUAAAUUUUUAAUGAUUAUCAUCGUUAUUACUAAUUUUCUAUCAUUAAUUAUACCG